GCUCAAAGCCGUUCCGAUCAAGGAAUAGACUCCAUUUGUCUUCGAAUUAGCCAUGAUUCACAACUCGUGCAGCCUUUAUUGACAUAUAUCUUGCAGUCUUCAUCUCCCUUGACCUCCCUCUCUCCUCUUUCUCUCCCGUCCCCAAACACACACCAAGAGACCUUUCCCUCCUCGCCAAUGGCUUCCACAACCAUCGCCAUAACAUCCCCAAUCUUCAUCACCACUCAAUCCUUACACACCAUCCUCUCUCACCAAACUCUUAUCGACCACUUCCAUUCGUCUCUCCCCACAGUCUCUGCUUCUCUCUCUACCCCACUCCGCCAAAACCACGCCGUUUCACCCACCUCCUCUCUCCUCCUCAUGCCCUCUUGGUCCACCUCUCCUUCUCUCCCUUACAUAGGCGUCAAGCUAGUCACUUACUUCCCUCAAAACUCCACCUUAAGUUUACCCGGCAUUCACGCCAGUUACGUCCUCUUCAGCUCCGCAACUGGGCAGACCUUGGCUUCCAUGGACGGAACUGCACUGACCCUUUUCAGAACUUCAUGCGUUUCUGGCUUGGCUUCCCGGAUUUUGGCCAGAGACGACAGCAAAGUCCUCGUCAUGGUCGGUGCGGGCGCUUUGGCGCCACAUUUGAUCAAGGCCCAUCUCGCCGCGAGACCCGGUUUGGAGAGAGUUGUCAUCUGGAACCGCACGGUGGAGAAAGCUAGAAACUUGGCUGAACAACUGCAACAAAGUUCGGGGCUUGACGGGGUUUGUUUCGAGAGUAAUGGGUGCUUGGAGGAAGUUGUUGGGAUGGGAGAUAUUGUGAGCUGCGCAACAAACUCGGAGGCGCCUCUUGUGAAGGGCCAGAAGCUGAAGCCAGGGGCACAUCUUGACUUGGUUGGGUCAUUCAAGCACUCAAUGAGGGAGUGUGAUGACGAGGCGAUUCGGAGAGGUAGAGUUUUUGUGGACAAUGAGGCUGCGCUGGUGGAGGCAGGAGAGUUGGUGGGUGCUUUUGAGAGAGGUGUGAUUACGAAAGAAGACAUUGGAGGGAAUUUGGUGGAACUUAUAAUGGGGGAGAAGGUUGGAAGAAGAGAUUCUGAGGAGGUUACUGUGUUUAAGUCUGUUGGAUCCGCAGCGGUGGAUAUUCUUGCUGCACAAUUGGUGUAUGAGACCUAUUUGCAGCAAAAUAACUAGCUAGUAUUGUUUUCUUGCUUUAGAUUUUCUGAUAUGUCGACUAUAAACUUGUUUAUUCAAUUUCUUGCCUUGUAGCUUCUUUGAGCACAGUGAUUGGGGAUGAAAUGAUGGAGUAUUAAUAACACUUACUGGUGUCCGUAGAUACUGCAAUAGUGAGAUAUUAUUGCAGCU